AUGGUCAACGUCUUGAAAGGAGUGCUUAUAGAAUGUGACCCAGCCAUGAAGCAGUUUCUGCUGUACUUGGAUGAGACCAACGCCCUGGGGAAGAAGUUCAUCAUUCAGGACAUCGAUGACACGCACGUCUUCGUGGUGGCCGAGCUGGUCUCUGUCCUCCAGGAGCGAGUGGGGGAAUUAAUGGACCAAAAUGCCUUCUCCCUCACCCAGAAGUAA